UAAUAUGUUUUAUCAACAACUCAACGUUUUAAUGUUCAAAAGUGUUCGCUGCUGUAUCAAGAAGUGCGAAGCCAUAUAGUCGCAUAAGAGAACUGCUUUAUACUUGGUAAAAUAAUAAUUAGAACAGACAGCAGGAUUAAAGAGAUCAGAUGCGAAUUUUGGGUUUUUUUCUUGUGAGCAUGUCUUUGGGUUUAUGCCAAUGAUUUGCAGAACAAACACUGACCAACACGGUAUUAAAGGGUUUUUAAAAUAAGAAACGGACGAACAGUUUCUUUUACAGUCUUCUAGUUUAAAUACUAAGACUAAUCUUUUGUGUAAAGGAGCCCUGGAAGAUAUCGAAAUUUGAAUUUUGAACCAAUAGGAACACUUUCUUUGAUUGAUUUUUUUACAACAUUAUAGGAUUUAUUUGUCAAUUCUGAAGUUUACACAGAGCAAAAACAUGUUUUUGUCUAUGCUGAGAGGAAGAUUGGGAUUCUGUUGGAAAUCAUCCGUUCAGCGUCUUCGUUAUUACAGCACAAAAGGUGAACAAUCAAUUGCAGAAAAACUGAAAAAUGCUUUCCAGCCCACCCAAUUGCAAGUAGAGGACAUUUCUGGCGGCUGCGGCAGUAUGUAUCAAAUAAACAUUACUAGUGAAGCUUUUCGGGGAAAGCCAUUAGUCAAGCAACAUCGGAUGGUCAACGAGGUUCUUCAAGAAGAUAUAAAAAAUAUGCAUGGACUUCAACUAGUCACAAAAUCUCGGUGAAAGGGUGUGAAAAUCUUCACUAAAUUUUCAUUUUCUGCUUAAGUCACAGUUAUGAUUUACUUUACGCAUUGGAGCAUCCAAUUCCGCUGUUGAAUGAGCCUAUUUUCGUGUUCUUAUGCUCCAGUUGUUCACCAAUUAAGCUUUCAUUUAUGUCUGUCAUCUUUGAGCUUCUCGAAGAGCGCUUCAAUGCUUACUGACUUUCACAUAUAUUAGUGAUUUCUUACUAAAGGAGCUUUAAUAAUAGAGAUAAUUAAUGCUAUCAGACUGCAUGUCAAUAACACAUAUUACAUUCACUACAAUACAAAAUCUCUUGACCAAAACGGUGAGUAUUUAUCCUGAAAAAGAAAAGAAAAAAAAACGAUAGAAAAUAAACAGUGAAGCCUGUUAAUGAUGGUUUCAUUAAAGAUAGUAAAAAUUGUACAUUUUUAAAUACAGAG